UUAUGGGAGCUAAGAAGCCCGCGCUGCAUUUUGUGCGCCGCCAGGUAGCUCGGAUUCUCAGGCAAGUCUUGGCGGGCAAUACGCAGCACAGGGCGCUCGCUUCUAUCAAGUCUCUCGUCUACAAGCCUUCCAUCGUCGCGAAAAAGGCUACCCUUGCUCUCAUUUGCAACACUCUCAAAUAUCUUCCCGUGAUCAAGGACAUCGUGCAUUCUGUGGGUCUUCUUCAAGGAAGGAAAAACAAGGGUCAGGAUGAACUUUUCUAUGUGCUCACGCAUGAUCUACUCUUUGAGCAAGAGAUUUUGCCGUCGGGAAAAGAAGAAAUCUUUGUGCUGUCGAGAAAGGCAGCACUUCGAGCAGCAUUUGUGAGGCUGAUGAUGAAGAAAAAUGUCACUGAGAUUGAUGGGUUGCUGCCAACAGAAAGUCGACAGCUACAAUCUUGUGACAUUCCCAGAUACGUGAGAGUGAACACUCUGCAAAUAACAGUCGACGAAGCUCUGGAGAAGCUUGAAGAACUUGGCGCCAAGGUUGACGAGUUGCUUCCUGACUUGCUUGUGCUUCCGCCCGGCACGGAUUUGCACGACCAUUCUCUUGUGCUACAAGGUAGCAUUUUCCUACAGAGCAAAGCAAGUUGUAUUCCAGCACAUGUUCUUUCCCCAGAUCCAGAUUGGGAGGUUUUGGAUGCUUGUGCCUCUCCUGGGAACAAAACCGUGCAUUUGGCUGCUCUGAUGAAAGGAAAAGGUCGGGUUACGGCUUGCGAGCUCCACAAAAAACGCCUCCAGGUGCUGCAAGACACGGUCAAACGUGCCGGAGCAAACAAUAUACAAGUGAAGCAUCAGGACUUUCUUAAACUCGAUCCAAACGCGUCGGACUACAGGAAGGUUCGUGCGAUCUUGUUGGACCCGUCUUGCUCUGGCUCCGGGACUACAGUGCAAAGAAUGGAUCACUUGCUUCCAGUAGCAAACGACGAUCCGGAGUUUCAACAUGACGCUCAAAGGAUCGAUCGGUUAGCCAGUUUCCAAAAGGCUGCUCUGUGUCACGCAUUGUCCUUUCCUGCCGUGGAGAGAGUGGUAUACAGCACUUGCUCGGUGAACCAGCGUGAGAACGAAGAUGUCGUCCAAUCCGUGCUCGAGCACGCUCGCUCUCACAAAUUCAAGCUCGGGACUGUUCUUCCAAAUUGGCCUCACAGAGGACUUCCAGUGUUUGAUGGAGCGCAGCAUUUGUUGCGGACGGAUGCCUUGCGAGACAAAACCGAUGGUUUUUUCGUCGCUCUUUUCGUGAGAGAAAGGAGCCAAACUUUUGAGCAGCAGCGCAAAAGGAAAUCGAGUGAAAUCGAAGAGAGGAAAACUAAGAGGAAAAAGAAGAAACAAAAGAAACUAAACUGAUGGAUAUUUUGUUUUGCGGGCAAGUUAAGCUGAUAUUUAAAAUUGUAUACUUAAUAUUUUAUGAAACCAAAACUUUCUUGGCGUUGUAA